AUGGGCAAAGGCGAAGCCGCUGCUUUGACAAAAGCUUUGAAAUCUUCCUUUUCGGAGGAAGAAGAAAAACGAGCGGCAAAACAGAUUAGGAAAGCGGAGAAGAAAGCGAAUAAGAAACGGAAAUUAGAGUUGGCGGCGGCGGCUGAAGAUGAUGAUGAUGAUGAUGAUGAUGAUGAUGAGAAGAGGAAGUCAAAGAAGUCAAAGAAGGAAAAGAAGGCAAAGAAGUUAAAGAAGUCGAAAGGGAACGACGACGACGGAAAUGAUGCGAAUAUCGCCGUCGUCGAUUCAGAGGACGACGAUAUAUUCUCAUCCAAGAAGAAGAAGACGAAUAAAAUGUCAGUUUCAGACGAGGAAGAGGUGAAAGCGUACGUGAAGGAACAUCACGUCACGGUGAGCACGAAAGACGCGCCGAACCCGAUUUUAUCCUUCGAGAAGUGUCACGAAAUAUUCCCCAUGGAAAUUGUAGCCGCGUUGAAGAAGCAAGGGUACGAGAAACCGACGCCUAUUCAGGCGUUUAGUUGGACGAUAGCGUUAACCGGGAGAGAUAUCGUCGCGAUUGCGAAAACGGGGAGCGGGAAGACGUGCUCGUUUUUGUUACCGGCACUGACGAGGAUAAAAAAGAACGGCGGACCUCAGAAAGCACCGGAGAUGAAACUCGUCAACGGUCGGUGGAAACCAGGAGCGGUGAAACCGACGAGUAUCGUCUUGGCGCCUACGAGAGAGUUGGCGAUUCAAAUCAACGACGAGUGCGCCAAGUUUUGCCCGGCGGUGAAAGCAAAAUGCGUCGUUCUUUACGGCGGAGCGGCUAAAGGCGACCAGUUGAGAGCGCUGAGAGGUGGCGCGGACAUUGUUGUCGCGACGCCGGGGAGAAUCAACGAUUUCUUGGACCCGCCGCCGGGAUUUUCCGCGCCGGUUUCCGCCAGCGCGGCGACGUACGUCGUUUUAGACGAAGCCGAUCGCAUGUUGGAUAUGGGUUUUGAACCCCAAAUUAAGAAAAUCAUCAAACUGUGUCCGCACGCGAGGCAGACGCUCUUUUACUCCGCGACUUGGCCGAAAGCGGUGCAGAAAAUAGCCGCGAACUUUACGACGAAACCGAUCCAAGUGUCCAUCGGCGAAGGCGGCACCGGGAAACUCACCGCGAAUAAAAUGAUCACGCAAAUCGUCCAAGUGUGCACAGAAGACGAGAAAUUCGAUAACUGCAUGCAAGCUAUGGGUGAGUUGGAAGAGAAAGAUACGUGCAUUGUGUUUUGCGGAACGAAAAGGCGGUGCGAUUUCCUCGAUCGAAAGUUGCGACAAAGCGGCAUCCACAGUUGCGGCGCCAUUCACGGCGAUAAAGACCAACACGAGCGCGAAAAAUCUUUAGACAACUUUCGUAAAGGAAGAGGAAACGUGUUGGUUGCCACGGAUGUCGCGGCGAGAGGUUUAGAUAUCCCUGGCGUGGCUAUGGUUUUGAUUUACGAUUUUCCCGGCGCGGUUGAAGAUUACGUCCACAGAAUCGGACGUACCGGACGCGCCGGUAAAACCGGCAUCGCGCACACUCUGUUCACCAGAGAAGAUUCGCAACAAGCGAGAGAGUUGGUGCAGAUUAUGGAAGGCGCAGACCAAGCGAUACCGCCGGAAUUGCAAGCUUUAGUCCGAACGAAAGGCGGCGGCGGCGGCGGCGGUCGCUGGUCCGGUGGACGAGGAGGAGGAAGAGGCAGGGGCGGCGGAAGAGGCGGCAAGUUUAGCAAAGGCGGUCGCGGAAAGGGUAAGUGGUAG